AUGGGCAAUGUCACGGGACCUGUGGCUGCGAAAUUCGCUUUUUUCCCGCCGGAGCCACCGACGUACGAAGUUAUCAAGACCAACGACGGCGUGACGGUGUUUUCCGGCUCCAAUGAUAAAAGCCUCGACGUUCAUAUUCUAGAUACCAAAGUUGGCAACAAGAUUGUUGCGACGUUCUGGAAACACCCUUUUGCGAGGUUUACUUUGUUGUACUCUCAUGGUAAUGCUGCUGAUUUGGGUCAGAUGGUUGAUCUCUUCGUUGAGCUUAGAGCUCAUCUUCGUGUCAAUAUCAUGAGCUAUGACUAUUCUGGUUACGGACGCUCUACAGGUAAGCCGUCUGAGUUCAACACGUAUUACGACAUAGAGGCUGUAUUUGAUUUUUUAAAGAGUGGAUAUGGAUUUAAGCAAGAAGAUUUGAUUUUGUAUGGUCAAUCGGUUGGAAGUGGACCGACGCUACACUUGGCUUCCAAGUUACCGAAAUUGAGAGGUGUUGUACUUCACAGUGCUAUUCUUUCAGGAUUAAGGGUCUUGUAUCCUGUCAAGGUCACAUUUUGGUUUGACAUAUUCAAAAAUAUAGACAAAAUUCGGUCUGUAACCUGUCCGGUGUUCGUUAUACAUGGAACAGAAGAUGAAAUUGUUGAUUGUUCUCAUGGAAAGCGAUUGUGGGAACUCUCGAAGCAUAAAUACGAUCCCUUGUGGGUUAAAGGUGGAGGUCAUUGCAACCUUGAAACUUUCCCCGAGUACAUAAAGUACUUGCGCAAGUUUAUUAACGCGAUGGAGAAAAUCUCAAUUACUUGCCAGUCAAGCAAACAAUUCACUCAAAGUCCUAGUAUUACUGAAUCGAAACAUAACAAAUGCUUAGGAUUUGUUAAAAGAUAG